AAUCUCUAAACCUCAAACCCUAAAAAUAAACUAACAAAGACCUACACACGUGAGAAGGAGAAGAGAGAAGAAUGGGUCGCCAAAACGUUAUCGUAGUGGUCGUCCUCGUCUUCAUGGCCAUCCUUGGCCUAGCCGCAGCUGCCUCCUCUCCAUCUCCAUCUCCUUCAGCAUCUCCCUCCAAAGCUCCGGUUGCCUCCAAAACUGAUCAUGAUGUCGAAGCACCAGUCACCGAUGACCAAAUCGGAACAACCGACGACAAUGCAGCUCCAGCUCCCGGUGAUGAUGAUGUUGCAGUGGCUGGUCCUGUAGGAAGUGACUCCUCCUACGCAAACGGACCCUCAGGCUCUGACGAUACUGCUGAAGGCGCCGCUCUUGGCGUCUCUGCGGUCGUCGUUGGUGUUACAUCCAUCGCCGGUUCUUUCUUGUUUCUCUAAGGUGGGAUUUGUUAUGAUAAGAAGAUUAUUUUGAAAUAUUAUUAUCUAUAUGUAUGGAUGAUUGUGAUGAUCUUGUUGUAUUUCGUUAUUUCUCCAUUGUUAUGAGAAACGUUGUGUUUGUAAUAAUAAUACCGGGGAAAAAA